CUCAACAAACAAGAUCAGCCUUUAUUUUGCUCCACAUUUUCCCUGAGAAAUAUUCAGUUUUGCUUUCUUCAUUCUUGAUCUUGGUGCACUGCAACUGGUAAAUCCUCUCUUCUUCCUCUCUUGGUCUUGUCGAUCUGUUUUCUGAUAAUCAAAAUCAGUCAUCACUCCCUCACGGUCGUCUUUAUUGUUCCUCUCAUCUCAAGAAUUUGGCUAUAUGGAUAAAAAGUAGGUGCCACUGCAAUCGAUAAGUCCUCUCUUGGUCUAGUCGUUCUGUUUUCUGAUAUUCAAAAUCAGUCAUCACUCCCUCACGGUCAUCUUUAUUGUUCCUCUCAUCAAAAUAAUUUGGCUAUAGAUAAGGGGGGAAAAAGGUAACUUUCUUAUUCUGUAUCAUUUUUUUCUUUGUAUUUUACAAAUCAAGAGUGUCGUGUUAAUUAUUUCCUUGUUAUAGUUUAAGACGUGGUGAUUGGAAGAAUGCUUUUGUUUCUUUUAUUGGUUAUUCUUUUUAUAUGAGUAUCUAAUUGGUUUGAUUCAUAUAUUGUCGGGCUCAAUUAAAGGUAGCUUUCCUAAUGACGUUUUCCACAUUUACACAAAUUUGAGCUCAAGCCCUUAUACUUAAGCAGCUAUGGCCCAUUCCAUUAGGACCGACACAGGUUGUUUAUCUAUUAUUUUAGCUUAAAAUGCACCGAAAUUUUGCCCUUGCUGUUAUGGAAAAUGCUAAUUUCAUGAUUACCAACAAAUUGGAAGGAUAGCUGCGAAUCAACAAAAAUGUAGGUUGGUGGCUUUUGCAGGUUUAAAUCAGUACUGAUGGCAAGCUCUUCAUUAAAAGCAGUAUUUUGUUAUAUUCACACAAGAGGAAGAUUUGUUAAGGAUUCAGAAGGGAAGAUGCAAUAUGAGGGAGGAACAGCAUAUGCUAAAUUGAUUAGAGAAGGCAUGAAUUAUCAAAAUUUGUCAACCAUGGUAUCAUCACUACUGGGCACUCAAAGUGAUGUGAAGUUGAAAUUCACAGUCAAGUUUGAUCGCAAUAUAUACAUAGAUCUUGUCAAUGAUGAAGGAGUUGAACAACUGAUAAAUUUUAAUGAUGAUCAGGCAAAUGUAUAUGCCGUUGAAGGAGAUGAAAUUAUAAAGACAUCUGCAGCAUCUCCUAGUUCAGAUGAGGAGCUUCAAGCUUCAUCUUAUGAAGGCGAUGAUGGAGUAAUUUGGCUUCUGCCCAAACUGGAAGGGGAUAGACCAGGACCCGUGAUUGAAAGGAGAGAUCAUAUAACAAUCAAUGGAAACAAAAGUGAUGAAGAUUUUAUUCAAUGGUACGUCUUCUUCUCAUCGCCAAGUGAAUCAUUUGAAUUUUUCCAAGCAAACAAGCAGUUGACCAAGAAUGUCUUCUCACUGCCAACUAAACCAUCUACAGUACAAGUAUUCCAGCAGUGCCCUAAAGAUUCGGACAAUAGAGAUAAAGAGAAAGAGACCGGAUUCAAGCAAAAAGAUGAGCAAAAGGUAGAAGUGUUGGAGGAAUCUUAUUCUAACAAUGGUGUCAUUACCCACCCCAAAGUUUCGAUAUUAAACACAAAAAAUGAACAGCCAAUUAGGGGUUCAGCUUUGACUGCCGACAUGGAACUGCAAAUUAUUCCUCCCUUGUCAGGAUCUGAACAUGAAUCAUAUUGGAAACAAAAGUUAGUAGUACAUGGAGCCUGCAAGGAUUGGAAUUUUCAAAAGGGUGCAAAAAAUGUCAAUGUUUCUGGUCAAACAAGAGACACUAUACUUGAUGAUGCCAUUUUCAAGCAAUGUACCUCACUUGGCAAUACCGCCUUGCACGUAGCAGUUAGCAAUGGAAAUCAUGAUAUGAUAGAGAAGGUUGCUCAAAAUGCUCCCCAUCUUUUCACUGUUGUUAACAACAACAAUGAUACUGCACUACAUGUUGCUGCAAGAACAGGACAUGGCUCUACCAUUAAAUUCCUCUUGAACAACUUUUUGCUUUUUGUAAGAGGUGCUAUAAAUGGUCAUGAUCAUCAGUCUAGUUUAGAAAUGAUACUUAUGGUAUCAUUGGCUUUGUUUCGAAAUAAACAAGGAAACACCUUCCUUCACGAGGCCUUUAUGUUUGGAAGUGACAAUGGCUCUUUUGAUGCUUUUGAUACAUACAGUGGUUCAGAGUUUGAGGCAAGAUUUAAGAGAAUUGUUAAUCAUUUAAUACCAUUUGCAAUCAAUGUCGAAGGGAAAUCAUUGUUGUACUUGACCAUUGAGUUUAACUGUAAGGAUGUUCUUGAUAAGUUGAUGAAUUUCUGUGUCGAGGGUGAGUUGAAGCCUCAAGGAAAAUCACCCUUUCUUCCAAUACUCAUCAACAAUUUAGAUAUGCUACAAACCAUAUUUGAAAAGAAACAUGAUUGGGUGCACUUGAAGAAUGAAAAGGGAUGGCUUCCACUUCAUUGUGCAGCAAUGUUGGGCUAUCUUAAAGGUGUAUCAUUCUUAGCAAAGAAAUGUCCACCCUGUAUCAUGGAAAGGGAUAACAAUGGCUUCUUACCAAUUCAUUGGGCAUGCUUUAAUGGUCAUGUUAAAGUAGUUCAAGAGUUACUUCAAAAAUGGCAUUGGGAUCCCAUCGAGGUGCUUGAUGACAAUGGCCAAAAUUUGCUCCACCACGCAUGUCAAGGUGGAAGUUAUGAAGUAGUGAGGUACUUCCUCAAACAUCCGAAGUUUAAGAUAAUGAUCUAUCAGAAGGAUAACAAUGGAGAUACUCCCUUGCAUUUAGCCACCAAGAUGAGUCGUCCCAAAAUUGUGCAUGCCUUGACGUGGGACAAUAGAGUUGAUCUUUCUUUACUUAACCAUAAUAGCCUAACUGCUCUUGACAUUGCAGAACAAAAACAGGGCAAUAAUAAUCUGUCCCUUUCACAGCGUCUUACAUGGAAGUGCAUUGAAAUCUGCUAAUGCACCUCAAAGCUUCGUAAGAUUUUAUUUAGAUGUUGAUACCAUUUAUAAAACUCCUACCACUGAACAAUAUAAAGAUAGAAUUGACACUUUGAUAUUAGUUUCAACCCUUAUAAUAACAACAUCAUUUGCUGCUGGGUUUACCGUGCCAGGGGACCAAGAUCAAGGCAUUCUUGCCUUGCUAAAUCACCAUAUGUUCCAUUUGUUCAUUAUCUCACUUACAAUUUCUGUUUUUGGUGCUAUUAGUACAACCAUCAUUUUGAUGUGGGCUCGACUAGGGGACCUCCGUUUAGCAACUUUUUCCCUCAAACUUGCAAUGCCUCUUCUAGGUCUAUCCUUGACAACACUGUCUCUUGCAUUUUUUGCUGGUAUGUACCUUACAGUGAGCAAACUUAGUUGGUUAGCCACUACAUUUCUAGUGAUGAGCGUGGUUUCAAUCCUCAUGGUUGUGUUCUUGUUCACCUUGCUUUUAUUUCCCUCCUCAUCAAGCUUACCAUGCCUUCGAUAUAUUUCCUAUUAUCCCUUUCUUUUCUUUGCAAACAUAGCUGAAGGAAAAAUGGAUGCCUCCAAUAAGCAGCGUU